CACGUGUGAAGUGCUUAUAUGUAUUUGAGUCCCAAACUACCAUUCAGUGAGUCGUCGUUUCGGUUUCUUGUUCGUAGGGUUUAGGAUUUUAAGGAUCGACCAAAAUUGCCUUCUUUCUCGAUCGCCAGAUUCUUUCCUGAAACCCUAUUUCGCUGUUGAAAUUGGUUUGUGAAUUGUGAAGAUGUCUCGAGUUUAUGUUGGGAAUUUGGAUCCUCGAGUGAGUGAAAGGGAUCUCGAGGAUGAAUUCCGGAUGUUUGGCGUUCUUCGGAGUGUCUGGGUUGCUAGGAGACCGCCAGGAUAUGCAUUUAUUGAAUUUGACGAUCGCAGGGAUGCUCUAGAUGCUAUUCAAGCUCUGGAUGGAAAAAAUGGUUGGCGUGUGGAGCUUUCUCAUAAUUCUAAAGGUGGUGGUGGAGGUCGUGGUGGCGGUGGUGGACGUGGGCGUGGUGGAGGUGAGGACUUGAAGUGCUAUGAGUGCGGUGAGCCUGGUCAUUUUGCAAGAGAAUGUCGCCUGCGGGUUGGCUCACGAGGUUUGGGUAGUGGAAGGCGCAGGAGCCCUUCUCCUAGACAUCGCAGGAGCCCUUCUCCUAGACAUCGCAGGAGCCCAAGUUAUGAUAGAUAUGGACGCAGGAGUUUAAGCCCACGUAGGAGAUCUCCCAGGCGCCGCAGCAUAUCCCCCAUUGCACGUGGUCGAAGCUACAGCAGGUCUCCUCCAUAUCGCCAUGCUCGCCGUGUGUCACCUUAUGCCAAUGGGGACUAGAGCUGUGAAACGUGAAGUGGAGUAAAUGCUAGAUGUCCUGCAGCUGGGGCACUGUUACGCUUUUAGUUAUAUUAGGAUUCGUGGGACGAGAAUCGUGUUAGUUAUGUUGAUAUUGUGACAAUGAGAUUUUAUUAGAAACUUGGUAUUGUGGAUGGCUCCUACAGAGUGUUGGAUGCGAAAAGGGGUUCUUUGGACACCGUUUUGCGUCGGAAUUCUCGCUUCAGCUUAAUGAGUAUUGGAGGUCGAUUUUCUACUUUUAGUUACGAUAUUAUCCUGUUUAUAUUGUUAUUAAACUUAUUGGUUGCGGUAAUAUUUUAUUUUGCUUGUUUUGAUUUGA